CUCUUUUGCUUGGUAUGCAUCUUAACAGGAAACUAUAUGUUUUAUUUUUCAUGGCCUUUUCAUUCAGACUUGCAGAUGGGGAUGAGUUGGUUUGUACUCGGGGAGUAUGAUAGUCUGCGUAUCAUGAAACAACCAAGUCCCACUGAAUGGCUCUCCUGUUACAAAUGGAUUAUCAACACCGUGGUACCGAGCUGUGAGGUAGUGCCAACGUAGGUUUCCAGGGAUGAAUGCCGGAAUCGCUCUAAGGUACGCCAGAAAGUCGUGGUUGCCAGAUUCCAUCGCUUUCCUCGUCAGGAUCUCGUGGUAAUACAUGAAUUCUUGUUCUUUUUCCUGAACCAUGGCAUUCGCCUUAUCGACUGCCUGCUGAACAGAGCGAACGGUGUGGUCCGUGAAGAGCAAGAGAAAAAUUAUGUUCUUGAAAGUUUUCUUCCUCAGCUCCUUUGGGAAUGAAAAGAUGUCGUUCACCAGCCAGAUGUGAUCAAACAUGGCAUCUAUCGCCCGGAGGCACAUCUGCGUGAAGUUAAGCAUCGGCUUGACAACGAAGUCCUCCCGGCGAUGCACAGCGUUAAGACUCUUUCGUGAACUCCUCUUCGUCCGAGUAGCAGCCAACAAAUUUCCUGUACGAGACGAGCAGCCGCUGGAAGAGGAGCGGCGACAUAAGCUUCCGCAGAUCUGGGACGAGCUCGGCUUGGGCGACGAGCACGGGCUUGUUGGGAACUUGGGCGAUGGAUCUUUGACCGGAGGCAAGGCUCAUGUAAGCUUCCAGGAUCUCGUUCCGCUGCGAAGGCUCCUCGUCGACAGCAUCGUCGAGAAUGGUGAUGAGCCAGGUGUACUUGGCGGCCGCUAGAGCGUGCCUGGAGUCGCCCCAAGGCACAACGAAGGUGCCGUAGAGUGGCGUCCUCCACUGGGUGAAGCAUUUCUUCUCUGCAGCGGCAUUGGUGGCAUUGAUCUUGAGGAAGCGAAAGGCCCAAUCGUUCGCCUGUCUGGAGACGGAGGCGUAGUCUGGGUGGCACUGCAAUGGCAGCGAGCAGCGGAUUUGAGGCAAGUAGAUGCUCUUGCAGGCGAGGAGCUGCUCCAGAAUUUGGGGACGAUAGAUAGAAGGCGCGGCCAUUAUCAUCCACUCUGGAGAACCUCUAUUGAGGCGAUCUCUUAAACUAUUGAGGUGUGAACAGCGAGAUAAGAGCCCAUUAGGAUGAGGAAGAGCUGUCGUAUAGCUGUUAGUAUGCUGUUUCGGCCUGGCGUGUUAUUCGCAAACCGAUGUAGCGUGAAAAAGUCCGUACUGCAGAAUAUUGCGUCCGCCACGUGGUGACA